AUUUUUGCUUCAAUGCCUUGAAGACCUUGAUGCCAAUCUGCGAAAAUUAAACUCUCGUUUGUUUGUGAUUCGUGGACAACCAGCAGAUGUGUUUCCCAGGCUUUUUAAGGAAUGGAACAUUACUAAACUUUCAAUUGAGUAUGAUUCUGAGCCUUUUGGAAAGGAACGAGAUGCAGCUAUUAAGAAACUGGCUACUGAAGCUGGAGUAGAAGUAAUUGUACGAAUUUCACAUACAUUAUAUGACCUGGACAAGAUCAUAGAACUCAAUGGUGGACAACCACCUCUUACUUAUAAGAGAUUCCAGACUCUCAUCAGCAAAAUGGAACCACUAGAGAUACCAGUAGAGACAAUUACUUCCGAAGUGAUAGAAAAGUGCACAACUCCUCUUUCUGAUGACCAUGAUGAGAAAUAUGGAGUCCCUUCAUUAGAAGAAUUAGGUUUUGAUACAGAUGGCUUGCCCUCUGCAGUAUGGCCAGGCGGAGAAACUGAAGCACUUACACGUUUGGAAAGGCAUUUGGAAAGAAAAGCUUGGGUAGCAAACUUUGAAAGACCUCGAAUGAAUGCAAAUUCCCUGCUUGCUAGCCCUACUGGACUCAGCCCUUAUCUCCGAUUUGGUUGUUUGUCAUGUCGACUGUUUUACUUCAAGCUAACAGAUCUCUACAAAAAGGUAAAGAAGAACAGUUCCCCUCCCCUUUCCCUUUAUGGGCAACUGUUAUGGCGUGAAUUUUUCUAUACAGCAGCAACAAAUAAUCCACGCUUUGAUAAAAUGGAAGGAAAUCCCAUCUGUGUUCAGAUUCCUUGGGAUAAGAAUCCUGAGGCUUUAGCAAAAUGGGCAGAAGGCCGGACAGGCUUUCCAUGGAUUGAUGCCAUCAUGACACAGCUUCGUCAGGAGGGUUGGAUUCACCAUUUAGCCAGACAUGCAGUGGCUUGCUUCCUGACCCGAGGUGACCUGUGGAUUAGUUGGGAAGAAGGAAUGAAGGUAUUUGAAGAAUUAUUGCUUGAUGCAGAUUGGAGCAUAAAUGCUGGAAGUUGGAUGUGGCUGUCUUGUAGUUCCUUUUUCCAACAGUUUUUUCACUGCUAUUGCCCUGUUGGUUUUGGUAGGAGAACAGAUCCCAAUGGAGACUAUAUCAGGCGUUAUUUGCCUGUACUAAGAGGUUUCCCUGCAAAGUAUAUCUAUGAUCCCUGGAAUGCACCAGAAGGUAUCCAAAAAGUAGCCAAAUGUUUGAUAGGAGUUAAUUAUCCUAAACCAAUGGUGAAUCAUGCUGAGGCAAGCCGUUUGAAUAUUGAGAGGAUGAAGCAGAUCUAUCAGCAGCUUUCACGAUAUAGAGGACUAGGUCUUCUUGCAUCAGUGCCUUCUAAUCCUAAUGGGAAUGGAGGCCUCAUGGGGUAUUCUCCUGGAGAAAAUAUUCCAGGUUGUAGCAGCAGUGGAAGUUGCUCUCAAGGGACUGGUAUUUUACAGUAUCCUCAUGGAGACAGUCAGCAAACUCACCUAUUAAAGCAAGGAAGAAGCUCCAUGGGCACUGGUCUCAGCAGUGGGAAACGUCCUAGCGCGGAAGAGGACACUCAGAGCAUCGGUCCUAAGGUCCAGCGACAGAGCACUAAUUAGAAAACAUUCAGGAGGAAUACUGUUGCAGCUGAAAUUGGUGGGGAGUGCACUACUUUUUUCAGUUAAAUUAUUUUAAAAUGUUCUUCAUUGUUGGAAAGCAGUUACAUUUUGAAAUGCAUUGUUUCUAAUGACAUUUCUAUAGUUUUAAACUUUUUAAUGAAUUUCACAUAGGACAAAUGGUAAUUUGUAUAUAAAUAACUUGGUAAAAAUUUUGCUUAAUGUAAAUAUAAACAGUCACAAUUAAUAUAGACCCAUCAAUAUAUUUUUGAUAAUUUUUCAUGUCUGGUAAAAGUUAAAGUGGCAAACUGAUAUUCUGAUAUAAAAAUCAAAGUUUUGAGAGUCAAUGUGGGAAAAUAGGUUUUUAGACUUUCUUAAAAGACUUUGUUAAAAUUUUAGGGCAAAAUUUUCUUGAUACCAUUGUUUGAUCUAACUUUACAUUCUUUGAUAAUAAUGUUUUAGAAAAUGUACGCAAUCAAAAUUGGUAGUUAUAGCCUCUGUUAACAUAGACAGUAUAUGUUUUAAAUCUUCAUGUAUGCCUGUUUUGACCCAAAUCUGUGGAAGUAUCAUGUGUUAAGUUCUCCUUGUCUUCCUUUGUUCAUUUACAGCUAAGUGACCUUGUUAUUAAAGUAUACGCAUAUAUG